GCCCCGCCCCUGAACCCGCGGACGCCCCACCCUCUGAGCCCGGGGCCUCUGUCUCGGUCCCAGGAAAACGCCAUGAGCAGAAUUUACGAGGAUAAAGCGUUAGCGAACAGACCGGUGAUCGCGGAGUCGGUACCGGGGGGUUGGGAGCCGGCUCAGAUGCAGCGCGGCCCUGGGGUGGUGCUGGAGGGAAAACUGCGGGCCAUCAGUCGCCAUCAAAUCAUCAAGAGCGGAAAGAGCACGCAUCGUUAUUUCAUUCUUUAUAUUGAACCAACAAGGAUCCAUAAAAGGCAGUUUGAUUCUGCUGGUGUGGAGAUUGAACCAAAUUUCAGUGAAACUAAAAUGGUCAACACUGGCUAUUUGAUGUCUUCCUUCAAGGUGGAACCAGCGGGACAGACAGAUAAGAUUUCAGUUGAAGAUCUGAAGCAAUUGAUUAAUAAACCAGAGCUUAUUAAAAUCUCAGAGAAACACACCCCCAGUCACAGCUUGGCAUUCUGGAUCUUGGAGGGAGAGAUGGAAAACAUUGAGCUGGAAGUUGAAGAUGGAUUACGACUGAAAACCCUGGGGGACAGUCCUUUUAUUUUUUCACUGGCCAAAAUGGAUGCUGGAACUGUGACUAAAUGCAACUUUGCAGGAGGUGAAAAGGUGGGAACUUCUUGGACUGACAAUGUAUUUGCUGCAAAGUGCAAAACUGAGCAAGAGGCCAAAACUUGCACCCAGGGAGAAGGCGUUGAUGAGGAUGAAUGGUCAGAGGACAUGCAACAGCAGAUCAUCCGAGAGACGUUCCAUCUAGUCUCCAGGAGAGAUGAAAAUGUCUGCAACUUUUUGGAAGGUGGCAGUUUGAUCGGUGGGUCUGACUACAAGCUGAUAUAUCGACACUAUGCUACUCUCUACUUCCUGUUCUGUGUUGACUCGUCUGAGAGUGAAUUGGGAAUUCUGGAUUUGAUACAGGUAUUUGUGGAAACAUUGGACAAGUGUUUUGAGAAUGUCUGUGAGCUGGACCUUAUAUUCCAUAUGGAUAAGGUUCAUUGUAUUCUUCAGGAGGUGGUAAUGGGAGGAAUGGUCCUAGAGACUAACAUGACUGAGAUUGUGUCACAGGUUGAGGCACAGACUAAACUUGAAAAAUCUGAGGCUGGCUUCUCUGGAGCUCCUGCUCGUGCAGUCUCUGCUGUCAAGAACAUCAAUCUGCCAGAUAUCCCACGUAACAUCAAAGUUUCAAAUCUGUCUCCAUUUGUGUAGGACAGUUCAUAUUAAUGAUACCUGGUCAGCCAUUAUAUUCGCCUGUAAAUACUGAGAGCUUUCUCACAUCAGCUUUUCAUUUGAAGGUUGUUAUUGUAAAAAUACAAUGGCUUGUGGUGGUUUUUCCAUUGCAACCUCUAUCAAAUUCUAAAGUGUUAAAAAAUUUAAUGCAGAUAUUAUUCCAUUUGGUGUGUGAGCCCUUGCAUUUGGCAUAACACAGGAGCACUUUAAACAUUUAGAUUAGAUUAGAUUCCCUACAGUAUGGAAACAGACCCUUCGGCCCAACAAGUCCACACCGACCCUCCGAAGAGUAACCCACCCAGACCCAUUCCCC